GCCGCCCCGCAUGGAGCUGUCAGCCAUCGGCGAGCAGGUGUUCGCGGUGGAGAGCAUCCGGAAGAAGCGCGUGCGGAAGGGUAAAGUCGAGUAUCUCGUGAAGUGGAAAGGAUGGCCUCCAAAAUACAGCACGUGGGAGCCGGAAGAGCACAUCCUGGACCCCCGCCUGGUCAUGGCCUAUGAGGAGAAGGAGGAGCGAGACCGAGCGUCGGGGUAUAGGAAGAGAGGUCCGAAACCCAAGCGGCUUCUGCUGCAGCGGCUGUACAGCAUGGACCUGCGGAGCUCCCACAAGGCCAAGGGCAAGGAGAAGCUCUGCUUCUCCCUGACGUGCCCACUCGGCAGCGGGAGCCCUGAGGGGGUGGUCAAGGCAGGGGCGCCCGAGCUGGUGGACAAGGGCCCCUUGGUGCCCACCCUGCCCUUCCCGCUCCGCAAGCCCCGCAAGGCCCACAAGUACCUGCGGCUCUCACGCAAGAAGUUCCCGCCCCGCGGGCCUGACCUGGAGAGUCACAGCCAUCCACGGGAGCUCUUCCUGCAGGAGCCAGCAGCCCCGGACGUCCUGCAGGCGGCCAGCGAGUGGGAGCCUGCUGAGCAGCCCCCCGAGGAGGAGGAUGGAGACCUGGCCGAGGGCCCCCCUCCUUGGACUCCUGUGCUCCCCCCAAGUGAAGUGACAGUGACCGAUAUCACCGCCAACUCCGUCACGGUCACCUUCCGCGAGGCCCAGGCGGCUGAGGGUUUCUUCCGGGACCGCGGCGGGAAGUUCUGAGUCAUCAUUUUUACUCUUCUAAACUGUUUGCUUUUGGGCUUGGGGUGGGGACUUCCAGAGAUGGGGAGGGGUUGGGGGCAGGGUAAUUAUUUUAUUUAAAAAAAUAUGGAACAGGAGCAGGGGGCAAGAUCCCGGCACUUUCCCGCCACCUCGCCCCCUUUCUCUGCGCCUGACAUUUACAGAAAGGCUCCGUGGUCUGCUUUGGGGGCCGGGGCUGGGGUGGCCUGGCAUUGCCCUGCCAGUCAGGGGGUCCUCUCUGGGCCAGGCUGGAGACCGGGCCUCCUGUUCUUGGAUGCUUCCCUCACCUUCUCUAGAGACACAGCGGCUGGUCCCAGGAACCAAAGGAGAAUGGGAGGGCCCAAGCCCUCUCUCUUGAGCCCCCCCACUCUUGCCUUUCUGGGUGGUUUCCCUUUUCCUUUUUGGGGGUGGGGGGAGUCCUUAUUUUUAACUUUCCACUCCAGCUUUGUGGUGGGACAUGGAGGCUGGCCUUGACCAAAUAUGACCCGGUCAAGACAAGGGGGCAGGAGGAGGCCUUUGAGGUUGUGGGGUACAUCCCAUGCCCUUCCCUAGGGGUGGCUGCCAGCUGAGCCCCUUCUUCCCGGGAGCCCCCCCACAUUACCUGGCCUGUGAGAAACACUCACGUGCACACCCAGCCGCACGGGCGUCGGCCCUGAGACCCCGGGACCGGAGGCAUUAUGUCUGCAGAUGCGCACAGUGGGUCUUGCAAACCUCCUGUUUAGAAACCCCGACCUGGUGAAUUGUGGGGUGACUCCAAGCGCCUCAGAACUUGUCACGGCAGCCCACACUUACUAGCCUUGCUCAGCACGUCACAGGACGGGGUCUCCCGACGCAGUCGUCCGCACAGGGCCAGGUGGCCUCCGAGGCUCUGGGCAUGCGGUGCGGGGCUGGGACUUCUCCCGGCCAGCUGCAGGGGUGCCGAGGGUCAGCACAGGCUCUGAGGCACUUGGGCCCCGUCCUUCCUCCCCUAAGGGGCUCUCGUUUUCUCUGACUCAGGUGACUUUUCAACCCUACCCACUCUUCUCUUCUGCUGUCCUCCCAGAGAGGGAGGGAGCAUCCCACCACCUUCUCAGGGCAGCCUUCGACUCCUGAAACCCUUCCUCCUUCCCUUCCACGUCCCCUCCCCAUUCAACCUAAAUGCCACAGCCGGGAGUGACCUAGUGUUCCUGCAGGGGAGGGGACCUCUGCCAUGUCUUUCUGCAGUGGGGCUGCCCUGGAUGGUGGGUCAGGCUGUGCAUAAGCCCAGCCAGCAAGGGGCUGUGGCUGCCAGAGGAGGGGCUCUUGUCUGCACAGAUGUGCCCUGUGGCCAAGAGUAGUUUCCCAGGUCAUGAGGAGGGGCUGUUCCCCUGCCCCUUCUCCAGCCCGGUAAGGGAGAAAAAGCCAGGUGGGGCUGGGCACCAGGGAAGCAAAAGUAGAAGGCCACCUCCCUCCACUUCCCCCAUCCUGAGUUGGGGCACUAGGAGGUGGGACCUGCCCUCUCCCGGGGCCCUCUCCCCACUCUGCUUUGUCCUGAGGAAGUCAGCAGAACCCUGCUGAGAGGAGGAUAGGGCCAUUCUUCCCCCAGACCCCUUCUUCCCAAGUUCCCAAACCAAAGACAGCCUGGACCCCAUUUUUGUUUGGGGUGCCCUGCUGGCAAGAUUCCUAAAUCCCUGAGUCUCUCUCCCCUUCCUCCUUAAUCCUUCGUUGUCCAGGGUCAAUUCAGUGCUUCCAUUGGGGGGUGGUCCCCUCUGGUGGUUCCUUCCAGCCCAGGAAGUUGACUCCAGAGGAGUAUAUAGGGGCAGACCAGGGAAGGGGGGCAGCAGAGUUACCCCUGCUCCCGCCCCAUCCAGCUGUGAGACCCUGAGUCCCGGAAGGGCAACUUGGAGUUGGGGGUCUCUCUCAGGACAUGGGCUCCCAACAGACGUGAGGGUGGUGGAGUGGAGGUGGCCCAGCGGCACGGGCAGGGGGUCCUCUCUGAUCGAAAGCUGUUGGCUGUGGCUUUGGGGCUGGGCUGGCAGCAUGCAAUAGAAGGCCUACAGCCCAUCCCCCAGGGGAUGUGGGACCUCGUCCUGCCUCUUGGGCUCUUUCAAAGAGCUGUUUGUGCAAUUGGGGGGGGGUGCUGGGGGCCAUUUGUGGAGUGAGACAGCUGACUUUCUGUCUGCUGCCGCAGGACAGAUCUUGCCUCUUCCUCAGCCCUUUGUGAUGCACAGGGCAUCCCGCAGCUCAGAGAGGGCAGAACCCUAUGAGCCAGGGCUCCCCACGGCUCCCCAGGACCGAGACCUCUAUGAGGGGCUGGGUGUGGUCUUGCAGACCUUUGUCCAGCCCUGAGCGUCCCAGCGGGGCCUGGGAUACUGAGCUCCCACCCCAUCCCUCCCCUCCCCAGAAGGCCAGUACUCGCCCGGGUGGGGGCGCUUAGAACGAGUGGGACAGCCUGUCCUUCCCUCCCCAGCCCCCGCCCAUUUUGAAUGUAGAGAGCCUGGGUGGUACUUUCCUCUUGCUGUGGGAUGGGGCCAGGAGAGGAUUCCCCCACCCCUGGCCCGGCCACUUGCCAUGCCCAGCCGAGCCCUGACAUCCCUCCAGGGGGAUGGUCCCAUUGCUGACUCCCCACCCGCAGGGGGAGGCGCUGUGCCCGUGGGGGGUGGCUUAGCUUCGCUUCGGAAGCAGCCGGCCUGGCCUCCACAUCUCAGCACAAGAACGCUGCCUUUGCACGGAAUGAGCGUCGAGCUUUGUUCAGACAACGUGAAUGUAUUUGGGAGGGUUGGGGGUGCGGGCUGAUUCCAAGCACAUGCCUUUUCCGAGUGUGUGUGUGCUGGGAGGGCUAGAGCGGGUGCAGAGCGCGGUUUAUUUUUGUACUGAUCUUGGUAAGAGACUGUAUAGCAUCUAUUUAUUUAGAUGAUUUAUCUGGUAAAUGAGGCAAAAAAAUUAUUAAAGAUACAUUAAAGAUGAUUUUGAAAAAA